AUGUGUGAAACAAAGUUAAAGUUACAAGUAGUUUUAAUAGUCUUAUGCGUGGCAUUAAAAGGGCUUCAAGCUGUUGAUGACUCUCUAUUAUACACGGUGACGCGAGCGCCUCGGUACUUCGGAAUUUUGCAGGACCAUAGAGGACAGCCUCUCUCUGUCGAAGUAUCAGAAGAAUAUAUGGACCAAGAUUAUAUAGCUACUAAUAGAAAACGACACAAAAUCGACUGGAACAAGAAUCCGCUGGACAUGGAAGACUUCGAUGACGACGACACGGAAGAAGUUUUGGAUGACAAGGACAAAGAUGUGAAAGUAUCAAACAAAUACAACCUACAAGCGGGCCCCGUAUAA